AACAAGUCCAAGUAAGAAAUGUGGCAAAUUCUGGUGCUUUUGGCGGUUUUUGCCGAGGUCCACUGCGACUGCAACAAGAACCUGAUCCCGGACUUGAGCUACAAGCUCAGUGGCACCAACUUGGCGUUCCCAUGCGAGGCCACCAAGAACAUCUAUCUCCAGACCGGACGUUACGUCCCGAAGAACGUGAUCGGGACCCGAAUGCAGAUCUUCAAAGAAGACGCAAUUGUGGCCCUUCCUCGGUUCAAGCACGGCGUCCCUUUCACCCUUGCUAAGUUCAACCUGAAGCAGCGUGGGUGCCAUGCGACCCUCCAGCCCUUCCCAUGCUGGGCCAUCCAGGAGGAGGGUAACUGUGACGCCUUGCAGAACGUGGUGGACAUCUUCCUGGACCCCCUGGACAUCCUCUGGGCUCUGGAUUUGGGCAUUUGCAACACUUUGGAGCAACCGGUGAGGAGAUGCCCUCCCAAGAUCGUCGGGAUCAACGCUGCCACCGGCCAAGUGAUCAAAACCGUGGACCUUUCGCCCUUCAUGACCCCACAAAGUCGCUUCCAGUACAUGAUUGUUGACUACUCCAAGGACGGCAAGGCUUGGGUUUACGCUAGCGAUGCUGGUGCUGGCGGUAUCCUGGUUUACGAUGUUUUCGGCGGGAAGGGCUACAGGGUGGUGUUACCGGCUGCGGCAAGUGCCGGUGGUAACAAAGACGUGCUCUACAUUGCCCUCGCCCGGAAAUCCUGCGGGAACGUGCUCUACUUCACCUACUUGUCCUCGCCCAGACUUUUCAGUAUCAAGGUUUGCUACUUGCAGAGCGGGCAGGCUAAUGGGGCGAUUGUCGACGUUGGGGCGAAGCCUCCCGGCACCAGGAUCGUGCUUUUGGGGACUGAUAACGGCGCCGCGAUCUUCUUCAGGUACAAGGGAGAGUCGGAUAUUUACAUUUGGAACACGGAUACUGCCUUCAAGCCGGAGAAUUUCCUCUUGGUGCAAAAGGGUGGGGAAUGUCGGUUGUCGACUCAGGUGGUGCCAGGGUAUAAGAGGCUUAUGUGGGCUAUUGAGAGCAAUUUCCAUGAUUAUAUUUGCAAUACUGUGGGCUGUUUGGGGGCGAGCAUGGCUGUGCACCCGCUUAUCAAAACGUGCGAUUGAAGUUGUUGAAAAAUUUGCUGUGAUUG